AUUACAGGCUUGCUGCCCAUUAUUUAUUUGGCAAGUAAAUUGCUGUUUUUGGGCUGAUUUUGUAUUCCAAUUUUGACUCUGAUUUGGGUAACGUGUGGGUUGAAAAUUCGAGCUGAACUCUUGGCAAUUGGAUGCUUCAACGGAAGAUUGAGGGACCAGUUGUGUUUCCUAUUGGUGGCCCUCGGUUUUACCUCAUUCUUGGAGGCCGCCUUUUGUCUCUUCUUGACCCUUUCGGUUGGGGUAUUUGGAGGAGCUUGGGUUAUCUCGGCCAACAAGUGGAGCUUGUAGCUGACUGUGCUUCUUUUCUCGCGUUUGGGAGGUUGUUUUCGCUGGAUCCUGCCUAUCUACGUCUUGCUUUUGAACUCAAACCGAGGGCAAUUGUGGAUGAAGGCUUACGGGACAACCUGGUGAACUUGCGCCUAGUCUUUAUGGGGACGCUUGCCAAAUACCUUGGGGGAACUCUGGCCAUAGACCUAGGGAGGGGUUUGUAUGGCAGAAUGUGCGUCUCUCGGGUCAUUUUGGAGGUUAAGUUGUCUGCCUUGACAAGGGUGGACAGCUACUGGCACUCGGGGAUUGGCCUCUUGGCAUGCCGGUGGAAAGCCUCAACCUCAUUGAUGGAUGAUGGUGACUAUGACGACGACAUGUCAAAGGACGAUAAGCCAUCUGGCCCUGAGUAUGAAGAUUUCAAGCCAUGUUUUGGGUGGAACGGAGUUAGUAAAAAUAAGCUGGUGAUUUAUCUUCCAGGAUUUUCAGCGAUAAACUUAGACAUUAAAAGAAUUGUGCCCUGCAAGUUAAUAGUUAGCGGCAGAUGCAAAGUCGAAGACGACAAAUGGAAACGGUUCGAACACGAAUUCACUACUCCGAAAGACGACUUUAUGAUGGAAGAAAUCGAUAUGAGGUUCAAAGAUGAACUCUUCACCAUAACAAUGCCUACAAUGCAAACCAAGAAACACAACCAACUUCAUGAUGAUCAAAUGCAAAACAAGGAGGAGAAGCCACCUUUGGCUCAUCAUAAUCAUCAUGGAAACCCACUUCUAAAGUUCACCAAAAAAAGCCAUAUUGAGCCAUCAUAUGAUGAAGCCAAGCAGUUGGUGGUGAAUGUUGUGGUAGCUGGGCUUGUUAUUGUAGCACUUGGGGCUUAUAUAUUGAUCACCAAAGCGGACUUCAUGUUGUGGCAAUGCACGAUUCAAGACUAUUUGGUCCAGCAAGAUCUUGAAUUAGCAUUGCAAGAUGAGAAGCCAAGUGAUAUGAAAGAAUCAGAGUGGAGUACAAUCCAGAAGAAGGCUGUCAGCACAAUUCGGUUGGCACUGUCCUCACAGAUUAAAGUGAAAGUGCUGAAAGAGACAUCACCAAAGAAGCUGUGGGAAACGUUGGAGAGCAAGUUUGCGUCAAAGACACUUACUAACCGAUUGAUGAUGAGGAUGGACUUGUACUCACUGAAGAUGGAAGAGGGAGGUAGCAUAAUUGAUCACAUCAACAAGUUUAAUGAGCAAGUAUCAAGGCUGUUAAAUGCAGGGGAGACUAUCAAGGAUGAAGAGCAUGAGCUUCUUCUACUGGCUUCACUACCAAAAUCCUUUAAGCCGUUUGUGCAGUCAAUGAUAGCAGGAAGGACUACACUGCGACUAGAUGAGGUGACGACUGCCUUGAAGGAGAGUCAAAGGAUGAUGGGAGGUGAAGAGUCUUCCGGGGACAGUCAUUUACUAGCUGCUGUGAGUUUUGAGAAAGGGAGGAAGAAGAAGAGUGACCAACUUGGGAGAAGAUCUCAGCUGAGAGACAUGAGCACUGUUAGGUGCUAUUACUGUGAAAAGUUGGGUCACACGAAGAACGGUUGUCUAGAACUCAAGGAGGACUUGCAGAUCCUAAAGGAGAAGAAGGGCAAAUCGAAAGAAGCUUCUUUCGCAAAUGCACCUACGACUCCGAGGAGCGGCAAAACAGAGGUCGGGGAUCGUAAGUAUGAGGAUUUCAAGCCACAUCUUGAGUGGGAAGAAAGGGUACUCGUUCGUCUUCCAGAUUUUAAAAGGAAUGAAUUAAGGGUCAGCAAGAAGAACGGAAGGGUGACCGUUGAGGGUGAGCACCGCAUUGGCGAAAACAAAUGGAAAAGGUUCCAAGAAAACUUCCCAAUUCCGAACGACUGUGUCGAGGAAUCUAUCAAAGCGAGGUUCGAAUAUGGAAUCCUCGCCAUAACAAUGCCACUGCGAACCAAGAAACAAGAUCAAGGUGACAAGGAAACCGCCCCAAAAACCCAUGUCCCUCCUCACAACAAGGAGGAGGAGGAGACUCAAGGUCGUGGGUCCCCUCCAAAAACAACUUCAGGCGAGGACCGCGAGAACCCAACCCCACAGAAGCCACUAAUUCAAACAGACAAUAACAAGCAUGACAACAAGGCUGAGAAAGCAGAGAGCCAGAUUGCAAGUUACAGGCAGGUGAUUAUUAAGAGGCUUACCGAGUCCAAUGAAGAUAAGCAGUUGUUGGUGAACGCUGCGGUGGCUGUGCUUGUUAUUGUAGCACUUGGGGCUUACAUCUUCCGCACGCAAGUGACUGCGUAGGCUCAUUCCCAGCUUGACUUCUAUAGUUCUAUCAUGAAUUCAGCUGCUCAAAUAUUUACAUAGCAAAACCCAGAACUGUUCCAAUCAUAUGAUUUAUGAAUGAAAAAAGUUGUGAUAUCAGGCGUGUAGAAGAACACAUACUACUGAGCUUGAUCCUAGCUCCAAUGGGGUUUGUGGAAUGAAAUUUAUAUUGUCAAUUAAGUAUCUAAGUUCUAACAUUAGCUUGAAAUAAUAACUUUAUGGGUUU